UUCUCUCCUAGUGCAGCAGCAUAUCCCAUCUCCAUCUGUUUCUCUUCCUUGAUUUGCGGCCAAUCGUAGAAGAAGUAGAGAGCAGAGGAUACACUACAGAGAGCCAGAGAGAUCUUGACAAGAUGGGUAAAGCAAGAGGAGUGAACAAUGGUGUUAAUGAAAGUUCUCUCGGCUAUCUCUUUGGUUCCGGUCAACCUUCUUCCACCGCUGCUGCUGCAAUGGGCACUACUACCACUACAACCACCACAACUACCACCGAUGGAACCGGGGGCAGACCCAUUACCACCACGACUACUACGGUGACUGAUAACAAGAAGACAUCUGCCGGUGUUAGAGGCAGCCCUAAUAACUACUUCAGAUCAGAAGGCCAAAACUGUGGAAACUUUCUCACGGACAGGCCAUCUACCAAGGUUCAUGCAGCUCCUGGAGGAGGAUCUUCUCUUGGUUAUCUGUUUGGAGGACCACCAAGUCCUGCUAGAUCUGGAAGCAAAUGAAGUUACUUUGGUUUCCGACAACUCGGAUUUGUGUAAAUCAUCAAAAGUGUGUGGCCUUUAUCCCUCUCUGAACCCUGUGUGAUUCAAUUGUGAUGUUUGCCUUUUGAUCUAAAUUCUUUGUGUUGUUAAAGAGGUUUUCAGACAAUGUUUUCUCAGACUUCCCAAGGAAAUAAACUAAGUCCUGAUCAACCUAGAAA